AUGUNGUCGAUGGCCGCGGAGUGUGUCCAGUGGUUCGCAUACAACCCGUCCUCCAUAUUCUUCUCGGCCUACUAUUCCGAGUCGUUGUUCGCAUUCCUCACGUUUGGCGGCAUUUACUUCACUCACGCGUCCGAUAAUAGGCUACACUUGUUGUGGGCGUCGGUAGCCUUUGGACUCAGCUCUGCCACCCGUUCUAAUGGCCUUAUAUCGAUUGGAUUCAUUGUAUACACGAAACUAAAUCAUAUAAUCAAUGACUGUUUUAUGCACCGGCGGUUUGUCCUAUUUUCUAGACUAGUCAUCCAUGUCCUGCAGACAUUAUUCUAUGUGUUGGUAUGUGCGCUGCCAUUCCUCUACUAUCAACUAUACUCAUGGGAACUGUUUUGCGAUGGCGUCCCCAAUAUGCCCAACUGGUGUAUGGCUGACAUACUACUGCCCUACACAUACAUCCAGAAGCGGUACUGGAAUGUAGGCCUUCUGGCCUAUUAUGAGUUCAAACAGAUACCAAACUUUCUGCUCGCCCUCCCAGUCAUUGCAUUCAAUCUUAAGACAUGCCUCCGAUAUUUAGUGAUCAAUAAGUCGAGACUUAUGUCUCUUAUGGCACAGCAGUUCCACCGCCAGAACCGCGAGAAAUACCAUUCAAUUAUGAAUAACGACAAGUGUUUCGUGCAUAUCGUGUACGUGUUGGCGAUGACUGUGUUUUGUAUACUGUUUGUGCACAUCCAGGUGACCACCAGGAUGUUGAUGUCGGCCACACCGUUGAUCUAUUGGGCCAUAGAGUCCGAUGAAAUCAAAAGCCAUAAACGGCGCACAGAUUUCAUACAUCUCUGGUUUUACGGCUAUUUCAUUGUGGGAACUAUUCUUCACUCAAACUUUUUGCCAUUUACUUAACUUAUGCGUUCAUAAUUCAGAUUUCAUUAUGUAUUUUAAGUAUUAUUUAUUUAAUCAGGGA